AUGAGAGCUUAUUUGCAAAAUUCAGGAGGUAAAACUUGGACUAUUGUUGAAUCUGGUUAUACACCACCUACAGAAGAUAAAACUAUAGAUGGUAAAGAAAUAAAAGUUUUGAAAGAUGUCUUUGUUUUUACUGCUGUUGAAACUGAGUGUAAUGAUACUAAUGACAAAGCUUUAUAUUUGUUUCCAUCACUGAAAGUGAUUGGGAGGACACAAGACGAAGAGGCAAAGGCAGUUGCAAUAGUGCAAGUGGUUGCAGGAUUGGUGCUGCUGGAGGAAGCAUUUGUCAAGUGUAGCAGAGGGAAGGCUUUCUUUGGUGGCUAUAAUAUUGAGUACCUUGACAUAGCAUUCAGGUGCUCCUUGCCGUGGCUAAGGUUGACGGAGAAGAGGAUAGGCUUGCAGCUCCAUGACGAGACAAGGACGCCGUAUCUUAUGGGAUAG